AUGGAACCCAAAACUUUGAUAUUCAUCAUAGUCAUCGUUAUCACCACUCAUGUUCCUUCGCUCUCUUCGCAAAUCACACCCAACAAAACACCAACAACAUCAGCACUAACAACUUCUUCUCAGUACAAAACCCUAACACGAAACACCAUUCAACAACAGUUUCUCCGACCACACAACACCUUACGAGCCAAGCUACGUCUCCCUCCACUCAAAUGGAGCAACAAUCUCGCCCGCUACGCCACCCGGUGGGCUCGAACUCGCCGUGGGGAUUGCAAACUUAUCCACUCCGGUGGACCUUACGGGGAGAAUCUCUUCUGGGGGAGCGGAAAAGGGUGGACCCCACGGGAUGCGGUGGUUGCGUGGGGCUCGGAGAGGAAAUACUAUGACCGGAGGACUUACCGUUGCAAGGCGAAUGGAGAUUGUUUGCAUUACACGCAACUUGUGUGGAAGAAGAGUUUGAGGAUUGGGUGUGCAAUUGGUUUUUGCAAGAGCGGUGACACAUUUAUCACUUGUAAUUAUGAUCCUCCCGGUAAUAUUGUUGGACAACCACCCUUUUGA